UAGCCCUCCCCUCCCAUCCCAUCCCUACCAAGUCUUAUGAGAGGUAUCUCAGAUCAGCAGAUCGUAGUGUCAUCCUGAACACACAUUCAGAUGGGAGCUCAGAUGAGGCUCCUGGCAGCACUGGUCGCUCUGCUCUGCAUCUACGCACCAGUGUGUGGAGCUGAGGGAUGCAGUGGUUUUAGACACCUGGAGAACGGGCAGACGUUUUUCCGUUACGGAGGACUGCUGGUGAUCUUCCGCUGUCGUCCUGGCUACAAGCUCCAUGGAUACAAAACCAACAGCUGUGUGUCUGGACACUGGUCCCGGGACACCCCAGUCUGUGUUGGCUCUGGCUGCUCCAACCCGGGGCCGCUCACCCACGGGACGAGCAGCAUGAAUGAGGAUGGCUCCUUGGCAGUGUUCAGCUGUAAUACUGGCUUUCGGCUACAUGGGCCCUCAAUGUUAUACUGUAAGGGCCACACCUGGAAUAGCACAAAGCCUGUAUGCAAAGAGUCCGACAUGAUGAGCUCGGUGUCAGGUGUCAAUAUGCAAAAGCCAAACGUACACCUGAACCUCCAGGCUGCCGUAGUGCUGAAGACCCAGCAACAAUCCCACUACGACACCCUCGCUAAUACAGCCUCCAAAGAAGCAAACCUCAAAUUUGGCUUGUUGUCUCAUACACCAUCCCAAAUGUCCAACAGUGAGAGGAUUAAAGUGUCUAACCCAAAACUCCACCUGCCGCAGCAUAUUCAGUUCCCCAGUUUUAAAGUCAGAGAUGGGGUCCAAACAACUCGUCUUGAGGCUCAACUUCAGGAGGCAAGCAAAUCUCAAGAAGCAGGAACAGGAACUGGGAGGCAUGGCUCAGAGGUAAAAGUUUCACGUGAGGGAGCAGAAAAGGUGGACAAAGUUACACAAAUGUUUGCCUCUAAAUCAUAUUUAUCUACUACUGUCUCAUCUACCUUAUCAUUAGUGGCAGGAACAGAGCGAACAUCUUCACUGCCAUCAUUUUCAACAGCCCAUACACCAGCUAUCACUGCUGUCACAAAUACUGCUGUCACUCCCCCAACUGUGAUGUUUGUACCAACUUCACCACUCCACCACAAGAAAUCUGCUCUGCCUGUGCUCUGUAGUGAAAAAGAGCUCAAGUCUGGAGAAUCUGUCACAUCACAGGAUGAUGUGACUCCCUCCGAAGUAGAAACAGGCUCUGCACAAACUGCAGAUGAAGACCAACAGGUUGAAACUGGCUUCCAGUAUCCUUCUUUGUCUCAGCCUGGUUCUUUAGAUAAAGAGGAGCUCGCAGAGACCUCAACACACAUUAUAUCUCCUUCUGUUUCUUUAAUUUCUACCAGUUCUUCAUCCACUUCAUCACCUGCUUCCUCACACUCCUUAUCACCCCCCUUUCCAUCCUUUUCUACUUCAACUUCUUUAAGUCUCAGCUCCACCCAGCCCAAUAUGAAAACACAGCUGCCUAAUGUCACCCUUCCUUCAAACACCACUACCACCACUGAGCCGAGAUCGCACUGGACUGAAUACCACAACCUCACGACGAACGCCACCACCAAACCGCCUCUGCUGUCUCUGAGCCUCAGCAGACGACCUGUGUGCCCGUACCCACGUGUGCCCACUCAUGGGACCUUCUACUUUCGUAAUGUAGAGAAUCCACGUCCCGGAGAGUACAGACAUUACAUACAGUAUGCCUGCUACCCUGGUUAUACGCUGGCUCAUGGAGACAUACACAGCUACUGCCAGCAGGGGGGCACCUGGAGCGGAAUCACACCUGUUUGUUUGGAGUUGACACCAUGUUCCGUUAACAACGGAGGCUGUUCUCAGCUGUGCUCUCACUCCCAGCACUACAACCAGAGCUCCAACCAGACCCAGACCAGAACUAAGUGCCACUGCAGACCUGGAUUCACUCUGCUGGAUGACGUGCGAACGUGUCGAGAUUUAGAUGAGUGUGUGGAGGGGCAGCACCAGUGUCAGCAGAGAUGCAUCAACACAUUUGGUUCCUUUAAGUGCAGCUGUGAUGACGGCUAUCAACCAGCUCAUGACCAAACCUCCUGCACAGAUGUGGAUGAGUGCCUGCUGCCUGCAGCUGUAACAGGCUGUGUGUUCGGCUGUGUUAACACUCCCGGGAGCUUCCACUGUCAGUGUCCUGCUGGCUACAGCCUUCAGUCUGCAGACAGCUACUGCCAAGAUAUAGAUGAGUGUGCUGUUAAUCAGGGGCUUGGGCCAUGUAUGGAGCAGUGCCACAACUCACCAGGAUCCUACCGAUGCUCCUGCACGUACGGACACAUUUUAGCUGGAAAUGGACACAGCUGCAUCGCAGAGUGUCCACCUGGGUACAGGAAGCAACCGACAACAACACCUGAGAAUUCAACUGCACAAGCUCUCAGGGAGGAGUGUGUAGAUAUAAAUGAGUGCCAGGAGGAAAGGUGCGAGUGGCAGUGUGUCAACCUGCCAGGCUCUCACCGCUGCAUCUGCCCCAGAGGAUACACACUCCAAAGAGAUGGGCGACGCUGCAAAGACAUUAAUGAGUGCAAUCGGAAGAAUGGAGGGUGUUCCCACCUGUGUGUGAACCACAAAGGUGGGUAUAAAUGUGCCUGCCCAGCCUCCCAUCGCCUCUCCCCCUACAGCUGGAAAAAAUGUCUACCAAGGACAACAGCGAACACUGCUGGUUGAGAUGGAAAGCACCUCAGUCAGGCCAAGACAGACAUCCUGGUGGAGUCCAUACUGUUUCUAACAGUCUGUGCCUCGUCAUGUCUUCUUGUUUGAAGAGACAAGAAAAAACACAUAAGCAAGUAUCACUUCACCAACAGUGUGCAUCUUCCUCUGACUGUGGUCUUCACGACUGGUAAUAAGGACUCCCAGUGAAUGGUUACAUAAUAAAUAUAUGAACUGUCUGUCCAACUUGUUAAAUAGAUUUGAGUAUUCAGCCAUUUCUCCUUUAAAACUAUGUUUUGAAAAUUUUAAUCUUAAAGUUAAAAAUACACUGCUACACAACUUUACUUCUAAUGCGGUUGGGCUCUUGCUUAAAUUCCUAUGGACUAAAGUGUACCAUAUAUUUAUAUUUUUUUCCAUAUGUAAUUUAAUAUUCUCAGUACAUUAUCCUCAUUCAAGUAUUCAUAUCAAUCAGUAAAUGUGAGUAUUGAAACAUAUGACUCUUCUUAGUUUAUUACUGCUACUUAUCUCAAGUGCAAUUAUACUGCAUAUGUAAUAUUAGUAAUGAUAGUGAGUAGUGAGUUCAGGUUUGGCAAGUCUGUACUGCAGGUACAAAGUAGGACCAAAUAAAUGUUAUUAUGGACAGACACUGGGCCCACAACAUUACUUGCCCACUGGGACACUGUGGAGCACAGUGGGUCCACUCUGUGCCCGCAUUGGAUCUAGUGCGUGGCCCACUGGGGGCCUCAAUGUCUAAUUGUGGUCCAGAGCAUGCCCACAAUUUGCCCACUGUGGGACUGUAGUGUACCCACUGUUAACAUGCACACAGUGUAUACCCACGCUAACAGUAGGUAUACUGUGAGCCCACUGUUAGCAUGGGCAUACUGUGGCCCAUUUAUUAAUGUUUAACAUUCACAGUUUCCAGCUUGUGAUCUUUUUAAAGAUAGCUCUCAUAAGUUUAAACCUAUAAUAACAUUUUAUUUGGCCACUUGGUGGCAGCAGAAACAAGUUGUGAACACAACAUUGACACAUCAUCAACUUUUUAAAGGGAAAGUUCACCCCAAAAUCAAAAUACAUAUUUUAUCCCUUACCUACAGUGCUAUUUAUCCACCUAUAUUGUUUUGGUGUGAGUUGCCGGGUUUUGGAGAUAUCAGCCGUAGAGAUGUCUGCAUUUUUUUUAUAUAAUGGGACUAUAUGGCACUUGACUUGUGGUGCUCAAAGCGCCAAAAAAAUAAGAGCAUAUGUGGCAAACAGUAAAUAGAUAAAUGAUAAGUUACCAUCAUUGGUCAAAUGAUUUUAUUGUUGUAUGAACACACUUGAAAUGUCAUAAUAAACAUACUUUUCUGAUGGAAA